AAAAUAACCUAUAGUUUUUGUUUCUACUAGGUUUCUAACCUAUACGGAAUAAUUUCCCACAGUACAAAACGCUGUUAGAAAGUUAUACGUGCUGUGAUAACUUUCACUUUCAACGUCAUCGCACUACUGCUUUCCAUGACGCUUCAACUGCUACGCGGCAUACGUAAUUCAUUUGCAAUUCGAAUUCAAAAUUGUACACAUUUCGGACGCCAUUGUAGGUUCUUACGUAGCCAAUACCGUUAUUUGGAGUGGGGACCCAGGGGUGCGAGGGGGGCACGUAUCGGCGGCACGGUUGGAGCUCGAGUUCACUCUGUCACUCGGUCAUUACGGUAUUUUUCUGUUGUGCGUCCCACAUUCACGAACGUGAAAGAAAAAGUGACAAUGCCCGAAAACAAACCUUUUCAGCGACUUCCAAAGGAUGUUGUACCUAAGCAUUAUAAUUUAGAAUUAACACCAAAUCUUGAAACAUUAACGUUUACAGGAAAAACAGCAGUGAAAGUAUCGAUUGUGAAUACGACCAAAGAAAUAGUUGUUAACUGCUUGGAUUUGGAAUUGAAGAAUGUCAAACUGCAGUACAAUGAGGGCGGAACUGAUUUGACGUUGAACCCGGUAGAAGUCAGCCUCAGCACGUCUGAUGAAACAGCACGUAUCGUAUUCGAUAAGGUCUUGCCGAAGGGCGAGGCCAAGCUGUUUUGCGAAUUCAAUGGCGAGAUAAAUGAUAAGAUGAAGGGUCUGUAUCGGAGUAAAUAUAUGACCCCAGGAGGGGAGGAGCGUUACGCCGCCGUAACCCAGUUUGAAGCGACGGAUGCGCGACGGUGUUUCCCAUGCUGGGACGAGCCCGCCAUCAAAGCCACGUUCGAUAUCACACUGGACGUGCCGGCCGACCGUGUCGCCCUAUCCAACAUGCCAGUCAAGGAGGAAAAGGUCAAUGGUGAUAAGAAGCUGAUUCAUUUUGACACAACUCCCAUCAUGUCCACUUAUCUUGUAGCUGUUGUUGUUGGUGAAUAUGACUAUGUGGAGAAAAAAUCGCGGGAUGGUGUGUUAGUUCGUGUGUACACUCCAGUCGGAAAAAGCAAGCAAGGCAUAUUUGCUUUAGAAGUUGCUGCCAAAGUCUUGCCUUAUUACAAAGAGUACUUUGAAAUUGCUUAUCCCUUGCCCAAGAUAGAUUUGAUAGCCAUAGCAGAUUUCUCUGCAGGAGCUAUGGAAAACUGGGGACUGGUCACUUAUAGAGAGACUUGUUUACUAGUAGAUGAAGAGCACACUUCAGCAGUGCGUAGACAGUGGAUAGCCUUAGUAGUGGGCCAUGAGCUGGCCCACCAGUGGUUUGGGAACCUUGUCACAAUGGAAUGGUGGACCCAUCUCUGGUUGAAUGAGGGAUAUGCCUCUUUUGUUGAGUUCCUUUGUGUUAACCACUUAUUCCCUGAGUAUGACAUUUGGACCCAGUUUGUUACUGAAACUUAUAUCAGGGCAUUGGAGCUGGACUGUUUGAAGAAUUCACAUCCUAUAGAGGUGCCUGUGGGUCACCCUUCUGAAAUAGAUGAAAUUUUUGAUGACAUUUCUUAUAAUAAAGGUGCUUCCGUUAUCCGUAUGCUGCACAGAUAUAUUGGUGACGAUGAUUUCAGGAAAGGGAUGAAUGUCUACUUAACUAGACAUCAGUAUAAAAACACAUUCACUGAAGAUUUAUGGGCUGCCUUAGAAGAAGCUUCCAAUAAGCCAGUUGGUGCAGUUAUGUCAACUUGGACUAAACAAAUGGGUUUUCCAAUGGUGCAGGUGACCUCUGAGCAAAGAGGACCAGAUCGUGUCCUUAAUCUUACUCAACAGAAGUUUUGUGCUGAUGGCAGUGUAGGUGAUGAUACACUUUGGAUGGUACCUAUCACCAUUUCAACACAGGAACAACCAUCAAAGGUUGCCCUGUCAACUGUAUUGGAGAAAAGGACUCAAGAAGUAGUAUUGGAAAAUGUUGCGGAGUCUUCAUGGGUUAAACUUAAUCCUGGGACAGUGGGUUACUAUCGCACGCGGUACCCGCCAUCGAUGCUGGAGAAGCUUGUUACGGCAGUACGCGACGGGUCGUUACCACCGCUCGACCGACUCGGGCUGCUCGACGACUGCUUCGCGCUCGUACAGGCGGGGCACACGCCCACUGCGGAGUCCCUGAAGCUGAUGGAAGCGUUCAGCAACGAGACCAACUUCACUGUGUGGUCGUCGAUCUCGAACUGUCUAUCGAAACUGAGCGCGCUAUUCUCGCACACGGAACUUGACAAGCCUUUGAAGAAAUAUGGCCGCAAAUUAUUCGCGAACGUGACUCGCCGUCUCGGAUGGGAUGCGGAGGAGAAAGAGAGCCAUCUGGAUACGUUACUCAGGAGUCUGGUGCUCAAUAAGAUGAUCAGCUUCGAGGAUCCGGACACUAUUAAAGAGGCUAAGAGUCGGUUCGAAAAGCAUCUGUCAGGUGAAGCGCCUCUAGCGGCAGAUCUGCGAUCGGCGUGCUACCGCGCCGUACUAGCUAACGCGGACGAGGAAACGUUCGAGCGGUUCCUGCGUUUGUACCGCGCGGCCGAUUUACACGAGGAGAAGGAUCGCGUGAGCCGCGCGCUAGGCGCCGUCACGCGGCCCGCGCUGCUGCAUCGGGUACUCUCCUUCGCCGUGUCGGAGGAAGUCCGUUCCCAAGACACAGUUUUCGUCAUAGUUUCGGUGGCGGUGAGCAAAAACGGGCGUGAUCUAGCCUGGCAGUUCUUCAAGGACCACUGGAAGGAGUUCAUGGAAAGAUACCAGGGUGGUUUCCUCCUCUCGCGCCUAGUGAAAUCGACCACAGAGAACUUCGCAUCCGAAGCGCACGCGCAAGAGAUAGAAGAAUUCUUCCGAACGCACCAUUCGCCCGGCACCGAACGGUCCGUGCAACAAGCGUUAGAAACCGUACGGCUCAACGCUGCUUGGCUGCGGCGCGAUCUGGAUUCCACUGCCAAGUAUCUCGCCGCCUACCACUGACGGGCCGAAACCAUAUAGAAGACUGAGACCACAACGAAAUUCCCAGUUAAGUUUCGAUUGCAGAGCUAAAAC